GGAGGGGGCGCCACCGAGGCUGCGCACGAGCAAGACGCAGCGCGCGUCGAGAAGCGGUAAUCAGGGCGCUCUCGCCUAGGAUGAGAUUCCGCGAGACCUUUCAUCUCCCUUCAUCCAGUUUAAUCAAUAUGGCUGCCCCGACACCAACAACACGAUUCAGUGACAACUACGAACUGAAGGAAGAACUAGGAAAAGGUGCAUUUUCAAUUGUGCGACGAUGCGUCCAGAAGUCAACGGGGCUCGAGUUCGCCGCCAAGAUCAUCAACACCAAGAAGCUGUCGUCAAGAGACUUUCAGAAGCUGGAGCGCGAAGCGAGGAUCUGCCGAAAGCUGAACCACCCCAACAUCGUGCGGCUUCAUGACAGUAUACAAGAGGAAGGAUACCACUAUUUAAUUUUUGAUCUUGUCACCGGCGGUGAACUUUUCGAGGACAUUGUUGCCAGGGAAUACUACAGUGAAGCAGAUGCAAGCCACUGCAUUCAACAAAUUCUGGAGAGUGUGAACCAUUGUCACCAGAACAAUGUGGUUCAUAGAGAUCUUAAGCCUGAAAACCUGUUGUUGGCCAGUAAAGCCAAAGGCGCUGCUGUCAAAUUGGCAGAUUUCGGAUUGGCUAUUGAAGUUCAAGGAGAACAGCAAGCCUGGUAUGGUUUUGCCGGCACACCAGGUUAUCUAUCACCAGAAGUGUUGAAGAAAGAUCCCUAUGGCAAACCCGUGGACAUAUGGGCAUGUGGUGUCAUUCUGUACAUCUUGCUUGUUGGUUACCCUCCAUUUUGGGAUGAAGAUCAACAUAGGUUAUAUGCACAAAUCAAGGCUGGGGCCUAUGACUAUCCAUCUCCAGAAUGGGACACAGUUACCCCUGAGGCCAAGAAUCUCAUCAACAGUAUGCUGACGGUCAACCCAGCUAAGCGAAUCACUGCCGCAGAGGCUCUGAAGCACCCGUGGAUCUGCCAACGGGAACGUGUCGCCUCUACGCUACAUCGCCAAGAGACCGUGGACUGCUUGAAGAAGUUCAAUGCUCGUCGCAAGCUAAAGGGAGCGAUCUUAACAACUAUGCUGGCUACUCGCAACUUCUCAAGUCAUGUUACUACUCCCAACACAGGUCGAAGCAUCAUGACCAAAAAGGGUGAAGGCUCCCAGGUGAAGGAAUCAACUGACAGCAGCACCACUAUCGAGGAUGAUGAUGUGAAAGACAACGUCCACGCUGCACCUGAACGAAGUAAAACGGUUAUUCAGGUGGACCAAGUUAAAUCGCCAUGCUUCGAUAGCAAGGGGAACCCCAAAAGCACGCAAGAUAUUGCACAAGUAGCAAACUUAGCUAGUGCAGUAGCCUCCCCCACAUGCAGUGUGCCCACUAUCACCUUUCUAAGUGCUUCAGAUGGAGACAUGGGAUCAGGAAACGCACAAACGUUACUCUGCAGUGGAAAUUUCCAAGGUGUCAAAUGUGCCAUAAGGAACAAUAAUGGUUCUGCCCUUGAUCCUCGCAAGCAAGAGAUUGUGAAGCUCACUGAACAACUCAUUGAAUCCAUCAAUAGCGGAGACUACGAAACUUACACAAAGCUGUGCGACCCCCACUUGACUGCAUUUGAACCAGAAGCUCUAGGUAACUUAGUGGAAGGGAUGGAGUUCCACAAGUUUUAUUUCGACAAUGGUGCAGGAAAGAGCUACAAGUCGCAGAACACAACGAUAAUAAACCCUACAGUGCAUCUACUAGGGGAUGAUGCUGCCUGCAUUGCUUACAUUCGUCUGAUGCAGUACAUCGACAGGGCGGGCAUUCCACGUACACGACAGACAGAGGAGACUCGUGUUUGGCACCGAAAGGACACCAAGUGGCAGAACAUCCACUUCCACCGCUCGGGAAACUCUGCUGGCAUGCACCCUGACCCCGCGGCCAAGUAGCCAGGACCCUGCUAUAACUUUGGCUUCUUCCGGUUCCACUCACGUCCUUCCCCCACCUCUUUUUUUUUUUUUCUUUUUUGUACCUCUGCAAGUUGUCAUACUCGCCCGCGCCACGGUUCUGGCAGCCCACACCAAGAGAGAGACACCUGCCUCCAGUUCAUGUUUGUGGUCUGGUCCUAUCAGCAGCAGUGCUGGGUGCUGAAGCUUAAACACAGCCAGUGGUGCAGUCUGUGUACUAUGGAGUGAGUCAGGUUGUUGAGGUAGACUCUGCAUUGGGCAUCACAGGCAGUUGUUUUCCCUGGGUCCAUCUACUGGUGAAUGUAGCAGCUGCAGGCUGGCAGCCUGCCUGCACUACAGCCAGAUGUGGGAGGUUCUUGCACACUUUAGAGCCUUUGCACUAUCACCUUAGCUAGGGCCAUGUAUAAAUGGGCUGAAAUGUUGCCCUCUUGAAAGUUGCUGGGCUGGCCUCAGCUCUCUACUGCAGCUGAACCUUUUGUUUUCUUUUCCUAGUGUAAGUGUGAACUGCUUCCUCUCAGGCCCAUUGUUGCAUUCUUUUUUUCUCACGCCAGAUUUCUGUUCUUCAAAGCACUGUGCGUGAACUAUUACUUCUACAGGUUUGACCCUUUAACAGAGGUGUCCAAGAGCUGUCAUGGACAUGGAUGUGCCCAAUCUUAAGGCUUGACCUCGAUUACCCUUUUGGCAACUGAAGGUCACUGUACCACAUUACCAUUUCAGCUGGAGUGUUUUAUCCAUUGCACUUGUUGCUCCCUUAUGCCUAAAGACAUGUACUCAGUCAUGAAUUGCCUUUCCUAUACUACACUCACUAUGUAGUUAGCUGAUCUGUAAACUUCGUUUUUUUUUUUUUUUUUCUUUAUGGUUACACUCUCAAUGAAGUGAAAGCAGAGAAUGUUCUUUCCAGAGAGACAGGCUUUCCUUUUGGGUUGUGUAUCCUGUCAUGUUAAUGGAAAGAAACUUCAGUAUGUGAAGACACAUUGCAUCGCAGGCACCUAAACCUGUCAUAUGAAAGCUGUGUUUGCAAGUGCAGUGUUUUAGGUGCAUAUCUUAAUAGCUGUGGUUGCACUGGCAUUAUAGAAAAUGUAAGGCUUACAUCGAGGGUAGUUGCACCUCACAGCUUUUCUUCUGCACACAGCAAAACACUUUUUCUGCAAGCAUCAUACACAUGUCUCUGAAGCAGAGAAAAAUGCAGCAUGUGCUGUGACGAACAUGGCAGAAUCAUUCUUUUGUUGUUGUUGUUGUUGUUCCUUUCUUGAUCUUGUGGCACAAGGGAUCUUGCAUCCACAGUUGCGGGCAUGUUUGUUAUGACUGCAUGUGCCAGACUUUUUUGUUGCAAGGUUCUGGUGAGUGUGGGCAGAACACCAAGCAUUUUGUUGUCAUUGCCUUUGCCACAGGAGUGUAGUAUCAGUGGUGAGGUUGAGACAGAGAAGGGGACUGAGCUACCUCUUACCUCAUGUCUGUAGCCAGAGGCCACAUUUCUGUGUGUGGCCAGGGGCUGUAGCUGCAGCACUUGCAGUGUGAGCUUUAGGUGCCGCAUGCUGCAAGGUGCACUAGUGCAGCCUUUCUUCAAGAAAAAAAAAAGUUUCAAUCUCGUGCGUCUUUGUGCAUGUAUUGUGCACUGUGAUACCUGUUUGGCUUCUUUUGCUCUUGUCAGAGAGGACAAGGAGAGCAUCCCAUCCCCCUUCCCCCCCGUCUCUGGUGCUGUUCGCUUGGAUACGCUUUCUCCGUGGGCUCUCCCAACCUCGUUUUGCAUUUGUGAUGUGAUGUCGGGCUCUGAGACAUGCACAGUUGUGUGCUUUUCUGCACCUCCCACAUUCUUCUGCAUCACAGUGCAGUCAGCUUUCCUCCUUUUAUCGCAUACGCGCAUUCUUUUCUUGACACUGGUAUUUGCAUGUUUUUAUUUUGUUUGUGCUUGUUUUUGUUGACAAAGUUUUAUAACAAGUUUUUGUUAUGGUGCACAUACCUCAUGGAAAAAAGAGAAAUGUGCAGCCAUGAAGAGUUCUUUAUAUUGAGCCUGAUAUUUAUAAAUUAAAGAUUAUACACUAUCCUAACAAAUUUGUUUUCAUUCCUUGGUGCACUCUUUUUUCCUCAUUAUGUUUAAGAUGCAUACUUUGUCAGUAAAUGUUUUGCAUUAAUCAGGAACAAGAGCUUUAUGCUUGUGAACAGUUUUCCAAAAACCCCAUUUGAGCAGACGGAUAACCAUAUUUUAAAUGAACAUUGGCCAUGAAGCACUUUUUUUCUUGGGUGCCUUUACACAUCCAAAUUAGUUUGACAAAAUAAAAUUCAUCAUUCAGGUGUACCUAUAGUUCCCUAUAUUGCUUAUAUGAAUAAUAAAAGCAUUUUGUUUUCUUUUUACUUUUUAAAGGAUUAUUUUAGGCUUUGUUUUCUUUGCGUGUUUAGUACAAUCUCAUGCUAAGUUUAUAUUUUAAAGCUGAAAAUGUUUAGUAUGCCUUUAAUUCAAAGAACACUGACUGUGUCACGUGCACAUGCCUUUUGUUCCUCUGCCUGCAGUCGUGUUUUACAAAGCUAUGUCAACCCGUGCAUGUAGUUCACAUACUCUAUGGAGACAUUGAGGAGGAUGGUUGCUUGCAAUGUUCUGGUAAACCAAAACCCAUUCAACCACUGCGCAAGACCUUUUGUCCCACUUAAACUUGUUCUGGAUAUCACAAUUUGCUAAAUCAAGAUUCACGACAUCUAUUUCCAUACUCAUGUUUGUUGUCUGUGCUUGUUAAUGUUGAAAAGGUAUAGUAUAUCAUUUGGAACAGUAACUCACAUCUGCUAGCAUUCAACUUGGAUGAGAAAAAUGUUCGAUUCUUAUGGCACAACAAAAAUUUACUUGGACAUUUGGCUAAUAGUUAACUGACAGCUGUAGCUGCAGUUCUGCCUUGAUAGCAAAGAGCCAAGAGUGCCAUCUUUGUCCCAGGCACUGUUCAAUAUCUGCGCUAGAUUUAACGCGUCUUUUUAGCUUGAGGGCAUAAGCAGCUUUGCGAGACUGUCUGACGAAAUUUUACCAAUUAGUUUGCAUGGAAAAGUAAAGAGCACAUUUCUAUAAAUAUGCCCUCUCUUCUGUAGUAUGGCGGGUGUACAGUGCUAAACAUUUUCUAGAAGAAUGGAGUGACUUGUAGCUGGGCUGAGGAGGUGGACAAGAGCUUUCAAUAAAAAAAAAAAAAAAAAUACUGCUAACUUUACACAGGCAGCAACACCAUCUAGGCCACUUUGUGCACAGCCUUGUGCAACUGCCUUUAAAUUAAUGUAACAGUGCAAACAUGGCAUAAUAUGCAUUACAUCUUGCAUAUUCGUUAAAUAGAAGGUUGUGGUACACAUUUAUUCCUUUUGAUGUCUUUGAAGACAUGCACACUUGGCCUUUAGGUGAUUUGCAUUGAUACAUUGCUCGGUGAAUAUGAUUUUUCAAUGUUUUAUAAGCAGCCUCAACAGCUUCUUACCGCUUGCCUCGAGACACUUUCGACAUCUGGCAUGUAGUCAACAAUUACAACUUUGUAGGUAGACAGGUACGAGCUUCAAUGUGACUAUAGAGAUUGAGGUUUAAGCAUCUUGUGCUACCUAGUUCAUCAAAUGUGAAUAACAAACCUGAGAACUGGCACAAAGAGAGGUGCACAAGUGAAGAACGCAAAACCUACUAUGCUCUGUGCAUUAGUGCACCUCUCGGUACGUGGCCUAUUGAUGCUGUGUUUAAACCUCUGCUGUUCCAGAUGUUGAAAGGUAACUCUGUAACAGCUGAAUGAUGCUCCAUCACUUGGUUGUAAUUUGAGCAUGUUUCACAAAUGAAUGUCUGAGUAUAGACUUCAGUGGACUGUUCAGGCUUAUAGUGAGUGUAAGCUUUUGUAAAUCUCUAUAGACAACAACGCAAAAGAGAGCUAGAUUCCUAUUCAAGUAACUUCAUUCUCUAAAGUGCAUCUCCCGCAUUAUAAACUAAACCGUAAAUUUAUGAGGAGUGCUCAUUGGGCAUUCUUUAAUGUGUCAAAGAGUGCGUCUAUAUUCUACGUAAAGUUGUGCAAAUGAAACAUGCUUGCAGUCUGGUUGUUUGAACGAGGUUCCACUCGCGUUCCAUGUACAUGUAUCAUUUUGUAUUUUAAUAUAUUCAGCCUAGAAUUAACUGCAGUGUGAACUCUCCUCUACGGAGCUUAUUUUUGCUCCUCCCCUAUGUCCCUUUUCUUCCUAGAUAUAUAUUGCAGUGUGUCACCACCUCCCCUACAAUCUCCAUCUUUUAACAAUAAAAAUUGGUUCUUCAAUCUUG